AUGUCUGAGGAAACCUCCGAUAGCGAAAGUCAGGACAUCCAGGAGCACAACGAAACGGUCAGAGCACUAUCGGGUGGAUUGCUGCAGAUCUAUGAGCCUAAGCUGAAGGAAGUUAAGGAAAGUUUGAAGGAACUAAUAAACAAACAGAAUGAUCUGCAAAUUGCGAUGACCAGUGAAAAGAACGCGUUCUCCAGUCGGCAGAUACAGGAAGUGAACGAUAUGGUGCUGAAGACCAAAGCAUACAAAGAGAAGGUUUCACGCAUAAAAAUGCAAAUGCACCAAAUCCAUCAACGGACAAAGAAUCUCAGGGCAAAAGCGUUGGAAAUCCAGGAACUGAAAGUGAACCAAUGUGCAACGAAGUUACAACAAUUGCAUUAUGAAGAAUCGCUGGUGGCAAAUAGUAAAAGAACUCCACGAAAGUCGUAA